CGAGUUAGAAAAGACCAGUCCUUAAAAAUACAUGGUUGAAAAAAGAUUUUGACCGCUUCUGAUCAAUGUACUUGAGAAGAUCGACAAAAUGAAGAGAGUUUCAGCAUUUUCUGUGUUUAAAGCUAAAAAGGAAGAAGACCAGCAGAAUGAUAUCGACAAAGGGAUGAUUCGUCGUGCAGCCAGUACACCUGCUGUAAAUGUAACUGAUGAUAAGAAGGUGGAUGGCAAAAGCAAAAAACUCCUGAGGGCACUAAAGACGGGCAGUCUGCGUCAGAGUUUACGGGGAACACCAAAAAUGAGACCUUCUAUCCUAAAGGUACGUGAGAGUGGUCCAGUAGCUGGAGAUGAGGACACUGUGAAAUUGACUAGUCUACGAGCAUCAAACUCAGACCUGACCAAUGAUUCAACACCAGCUAUCGCUAAAAAGCCACACAAAGAAAAAUUGUCUAGUGCAAGUCUUCGCCAGGACACACCCAAGGUACCACAAACAACAAUCAUUAAACCUCGCCGUAAGAUGCAGCCUGGUGGGAACCCCUUGCCACCUAAAGGUAAAGUGCAAUCCCAAUCAAAACCACCUAUUGACACAACAAGGUCAUCGUCCAAGGUUAAAACAGAAGCAUCUGAACUACAAGCCCAAUCGCCUAAAUCUCCAGCCAGCAAAGAAAAUUCUUCACCCAAACAAGGAAGGGAAGGAGUGUCACCAAGUUCAAAAUCAGCACAGAAAAAGCACAAGAGACAACAAAUUUCUGCUGAAAAUGGAACACCAAGCAAGAGAAAAAAAUCAGAGGACUCAAGAAGUGAUCAGUUUGAAUGUAGCACAGAGGAGAUAGAGCAAGCCAUGGAUUUCUCAGAAGAAACAAUAAUGGAAAAUUCCAAUUUACCUUAUAUGCAUGAUAGCACCACGGAAGCCAAGAAAAUUUUUGAGUGCCUGAUACACCCAGUAAAACCAGAUAAAUUCUUCAAAGAACUGUGGGAGAAGAAACCGUUAUUGGUAAAGAGACAUAUGAAGCAGUACAAUGAUGGCUGGUUUAGUACAGCAGAACUGGACAGGAUUCUGCGGGAGGAAAAUGUGCAGUUUUCAGUAAAUUUAGAUAUAACAACAUUUACAAAUGGAGUGAGAGAGACACACAACCCAGUGGGAAGGGCAUAUGCACCUGUGGUGUGGGACAUGUACCAGAGUGGCUGCUCAGUGCGAUUGCUAAAUCCACAGACCUACUCCAGGAAUGUGUGGAAGUUAUUGUCUAUGCUACAAGAAUACUUUGGCUGUUGUGUAGGAGCUAAUACAUACUUAACACCUCCAGGAACACAAGGGUUUGCCCCCCACUAUGAUGAUAUAGAGGCGUUUAUACUACAGCUGGAGGGGAAGAAACACUGGCGUCUUUACAGUCCAAGGUCGGAUGCAGAGAAGUUGCCUAGGUUCUCUAGUGGUAACUUCACUGAUGCUGAUUUAGGCGAGCCUAUAUUAGAGAAGACACUUGAGCCAGGAGAUCUUCUGUACUUCCCAAGGGGAACAAUCCACCAGGCUAAAACAGUUGGAGAUGAACACUCCCUACACAUCACGGUUUCCUGUUACCAGAAGAACACGUGGGGAGAUUUAUUUGAAAAGCUCAUGCCUAGAGCAUUGCAGAUUGCCAUUGAGGAAGAUGUUGAAUUCAGAAAAGGCUUACCUCGAGGUUAUCUCAACUUCAUGGGGGUCGCAAAUUCUGAUGUUGACAACCCACAGAGAAAAGACUUUCUAAGGAAGGUCGAGCAAAUGAUGGUUAGAUUGAUCAGCAAUGCUCCAGUCGACGCUGCCUGUGACCAGAUGGGGAAACAGUUCAUACAUGACAGUCUUCCUCCUGUUCUCUCAGAAGGUGAGAAAUCAUGUAGUAUACACAAUGGAGGAGAGAAAUGGGAUAAACAGAAAAAUAAGGUGGUUGGGGCAACUGAAGUGGAGCCAGACACACAUAUAAAAAUUGUUAGGAAAGGUGUUCUCAGACUCCUAACAGAAGAGGAUGAAGUAAGGAUAUAUCACACACUUGAGAACGGACGUGUAUACCAUGAUGUUGAUCCUCAGUAUAUAGAGGUAGAGGCUGAGGUGGCAUCUGCUGUAGAAUUCCUCAUUCACUCCUACCCUGAGUUUGUCAGUGUUGAAAAAUUACCUCUUCCUACUCUGGAGAAAAAGCUUGAAAUUGCAACAUCUUUGUAUGAGAAAGGCUUGUUGAUUACGGGAGAGCCCCUGACAUCAUUGGAUGAUGACAGCUCAAGUGACCAUUGACAAGGACACGCCCAUCAUUUCAGAUUUGUGAUAUAGAUGAAAAAUUAACUGUGAACUAAGAAUGCUGUAUAAUUGCUUAAAUAAAGAGGACUUAGAAUUCACCAACUUGUGUUCAGUUCAGACAGUGGUUAUACUGUUAUUGAUGUACUGUGUGUUAUAUUGUAUGUCUUCAAAUUUGUUUGAUGUAUUCUUUUAAAUUUAUGAGUCAGAGACAGCUUUAUAUUUGUACUAGUUGCAAAAUGAUCGUGUAUAUUGUUAUUCAAGGAGGUUGUUACAUUUGUACAGAUAUGUUUUUAAUAUUGGAUUCAUGUCUUUCAUCUUAUUAACUCCUAGAUUAUUUAUGUAACCUUACAGUGUGUAAAAUGUUAACCAUAGUUCUAAAAGCAUGAGUUUUCCCAACUGUUGUAACCAGAAAUUUUGGAGCUUGAGGUGGGGUAUGGUUAGGAGUGAUAAAAGAGAUUUUUUUUAAUAGGUCCUCAUAUAGCUUGAACUUUUAUCGCAGCACACAGGAUGAGAACUUCCAACCUGUUGAUUGGAUUUUAAAAAUAAAGCCUUCACCAACAAAAUAUCUUUCCAAGCACGUUGAAAUAAAACCACAAAUAACAUAUUGAAUUAUUUUUACCUUCAUCACUUUGUAAAAGGGAUAUGCAUCACCUAAAAUGGAAGAUGAAUUAUUUUAACCUUCAUCACUUUGUAAAAGGGAUAUGCAUCACCUCAAAUGGAAGAUGUGGGAAGGUUGAGAUUUGGCAUGACACUUGUGAUAUUUUGUAUUGGCCUGUCUCCAGGCUUCAUUACAACUCUAUAUUGUAUGUACUUGCAAUAUUUCUGUGUAAUUAAUUACAUGUGAUUGUUUAUGAAAUAUCCUUUAAAACGAUGUAUAAACAACUAGAGUGAAGCCAUGAAUCAGACAAUAUGAUACCAGUAUAUAUGCAUCUUUAUCACAUUAUGUUUGCUUUUAGGCGGAACCAAUUUCAUAAUACUUGAUUAUACAAUGUAUAUUGACUUGAACAUUUAAAGCUUGCUUAGGACUGUUGCUUUUAACACACUGAAGACAAAAUAAAAAUUUUAUGUCUUCAAAAUGGAAUAAAUUGUCACAUCAUCA